AUGUCAACUACAAACUCUACAAAGUUCAGUAUCGGUUUGUCAUCGAAGAUGGCAGCUACGUGGUCCAUGGGUCCUGGAACUUACGAAGUGCCACUCUCGCUGUUCGUUAAGAAUAGAACUCGCCUUGCAAGUAAACUAAAAAGUGGUCAAGUUGUAGUUUUGCAGGGUGGUGAAGACGUUAACCAUUAUGAUACAGAUGUUCAGUAUGUGUUUAGACAGGAAGCCUAUUUUACCUGGGUAUGUGGUGUUCGUGAGCCAAGCUGCUACUUUGCCUUGGAUGUGACUACCAACAAGUCCAUUCUAUUUGUACCACACCUUCCUGAGGAGUAUGAGGUCUGGAUGGGCAAGCUGCUAAGCUGCAAUGACUUCAAAAAAAUCUAUGGGGUUGAUGAAGUGUAUUAUGUGGAUGAGAUUCGAGAAGUACUCAAAAAGUUAAAUCCAGACCAGCUGCUGACAUUGUGUGGCACCAAUACAGAUAGUGGUCUGACUGCUAAAGAGGCUGUAUUUGAAGGGAUUGAUGAAUUCAAAGUUGACAAUGAAACGUUAUUCCCUAUUAUCGCCGAACUGCGCGUUAUCAAGACUCCAGAGGAAAUUGAAGUCAUGCGAUAUGUGUGUAAAGUAUCGUCAGAUGCACAUAAACAGGUGAUGCUCUACGUAAAACCUGGCCUAAAAGAGUAUCAAUGUGAGUCAGUAUUCUUGGACCACUGUUACCGAGUCGGUGGGUGUCGUCACGUUUCGUACACUUGUAUCUGCGGCUCGGGAGAUAACGGAGCCACACUGCACUAUGGUCACGCCGGUGCGCCUAACUCUAAGAUGCUCGAAAAUGGCGAUAUGUGUUUGUUUGACAUGGGCGGCAACUACGCCGGGUACGCUGCUGACAUAACGUGUUCAUUCCCCGCCAACGGCAAGUUUACUGAAGAUCAGAAACUCAUCUAUGAGGCUGUGCUGGCUGCAAGGAAUGCCGUUUUAAGGUGA